ACUUCCGCUUUGUUAUUUGCAUAUUAUUAAUACUUGACAACAAAAGGUGUGGGAUUUUUGCCAUAUUCUUUUUACCGAACAGCCGUUAUAAUGUCAGGACGGGGCAAAACAGGAGGCAAAGCUCGUGCCAAGGCAAAGUCUCGAUCUUCCAGGGCAGGUCUCCAAUUCCCAGUUGGUCGUGUUCACAGGCUGUUAAGGAAGGGCAAUUAUGCGGAGCGUGUGGGUGCAGGAGCUCCUGUUUAUCUGGCAGCUGUGCUCGAGUACCUGACGGCUGAAAUUUUGGAGCUUGCUGGCAAUGCCGCCCGUGACAACAAGAAAACAAGGAUCAUUCCUCGCCAUCUUCAGCUGGCAGUGCGCAACGACGAGGAACUCAACAAACUGCUAGGCGGCGUGACCAUCGCACAGGGCGGCGUGCUUCCCAACAUUCAGGCCGUGUUGUUGCCCAAGAAGACGGAGAAGCCGGCAAAGAGCAAGUAACGGAAUCAAGGUUAGCGAACAAUGCAGAGGGAUUCUCCAGGGAAAUGCCUAUUCCUCCAUCACUGGCAUCGUGACAAUAGGUCCCAAUAAUGAAUACUACGAAAAACGACUGUUUUCUUUCUUUUUGUUCACAGCUGAACAUAAUGGACGCCGUGUAUUAACUGCCAUCACUGUCAUUUACUUCUUUUCAGAUUUUAAAAGGACUACGGUCAUAAUUUCUUUAAAUUUUUUUGUGUGCGUUUAAAUUCUGGAUUAUGACAGGAUGCUUCUUUACGACAAAACAAGAAAAAAAGGAUAAAAACACCAUGUACAUCGCUGUAUUGUAAGUAGACCGCCACCCAGCGACGACAAAGAAGCUGCGUCAUCAUUGUCAAGUUUGUAAACGCGAGCCCAGUUUGUAGGUUUUUAUUUAGCCGUAGCCCACUCAAGAAACACCACUGGGGACUUCUGCAAUGUUCGAUACGAACCUUUCUACAAAUUAAAAUGUGGUGCAUCUUAAUUUUAAAAUAAUCAGGCAUGAGAAUUUCCAUCUACUGCCACAAUGCAGCUUCCCUCAUUUUCAACACAAGGAGGCGCUCAAUUCCAGCUUAGCUGGUAUUUCUGUUGGUUUCUUUGUUAGUCCGCAUUAUGCAGUUUAUUGGCCGAUUUCAGUUAAAUUUGAUCAUUUUUUUUAAUCUGCUUAUCGUUAUGCCUACAUAAAACAGUUUGCUUAUGUAGCUAUGUUUCAAGUCUGUUUUCAAGACGAUGUAUUUUGCUGUAUGAACAUGUUCUUAUGAUUAAUCCAGUUUGUUUACUCAAUUUAAGUCUACAUUGGAAGGCCAAUUUGUAUGCAUGCUCACACUAUUACGUCUCAUUUUAAUAGACUUAAGUGUUUUUAAUGAAAGAAUUUCCUGUUCCAACUGUCUGCGUUUACUCAGUCUAUGUAAAUUUGGCCAUGUUAUUAAGAACUUUAUUUCAUUAGUGCACAUUUUUCUAACAAUAUUGUUACUAGAGAGCACAAAGUAACAUUUAUCUACACCCUAUGCCUUGUGUUAAUUUAGGAGAUGUGUAAAUCCAUCUUUAUCCUAAUAAAUUUUAUAAAAUAUACUAAUUGUUGGAAACAUUAGUGCAUCAGUGAAGAUGAAGAACUACCAUGUUGAAUAAAACAAUUCCAUCAGGAUACAGAAACUGAUCUGAAUAAAGAACUAGAGUGGUUGUGAAAUCCAGCAACUUGUGCAAAGCUUCAAAUUUUUUGUGACAAGGCUUUGAAGGGGCCAGUAUUUGAGACUU